AUGGCGUACAACAAAUCCUACAACCCCGAUGCGCUACCAGCUCACGCUGAGCCAGAACAGGUAGCGCAGAUGCUCAGCAACAUACAAGUAUCAGGCCAAAGCCACUCCCCAAGCCCAAGCCAAAACCUCAACAGCAAACCCCUACCUUCCCGCCCACCACCGCAACCAAUUCACAACAGCUCAAGUCACAGCGGCGUCCCCGCCCGCGUGCCCGUAUCCAACGCGCCCCCGCAGCACGCAUACACCGCCGCACCCCGCCUCGAACCCAAACCGCAAACCCACCACUCCUACAGCGGCCGUCCCCCACCAGGGAAUGCGCCUCCAGUUCAACAAAACCCCAUCCAGUCUCAACCCCGUCCACACCCCCUACACCCCUCCCCACCGCCGCAAAACUACGGCUUCGGUCCCCCACCCACGCAACCGCAGCGCGCCCGACCCCCUCCCUCCUCGCGACCGCCGCAAUCCCCCGUGCCGCCCCCAUUGACAGCGCCCAGCAAUGACCCACAACAACUCUUCCCGCUCUUCCGCGCGGCGAAUGCGUCAAACACGCAGGCGCUGACGGAAGCGGAGCUGGGCAGUGCGCUCGUGAACGGCGACUACACGUCGUUCCAUCCGCGGACGGUGCGGCUGAUGAUUCGGAUGUUCGAUCGGGACGAGAGCGGGACGAUCAGCUUUGAGGAGUUUGUGUCGUUGUGGCGGUAUCUGGCUGCGUGGCGGGAAUUGUUUGAUCGGUUUGAUGAGGAUCGCAGUGGGCGGAUUAGCCAGCCGGAGUUUGAGAAGGCGCUUGUUGCGUUUGGGUAUCGGCUUAGUGGGAAGUUUGUUUCGACUAUGUUUGGGGUUUUCGAGGCCAAGGGGAGGAAAAUGGGUGGAACGGCUAAGGAGGCUAGGCCGCAGGGGAUGAGCUUUGAUCUUUUCGUUCAGGCUUGUAUUAGCCUCAAGAGGAUGACGGAUGUUUUUAAGCGGUAUGAUGAUGAUCGGGAUGGGUAUAUUACUCUGAGCUUUGAGGAGGCUUUGACUGAGAUCCUCCUGAUGCUCGACUAA